UAUUAAAGAAAGACUAAUGUGAUAAAAAUAAAAAUAUAAAGAACGAAUCUUAUCAAAUAAAAAUAUAAGGAGAAAGUGUCACAAAUAAAAAGUGGAGGGCAAAGAUGCUUAUUUCCGAUUUAUUUUGACAAUUAGAUUUAUUUUUCAAAAUCUAAGGGGAAUAGACACGUGAAUAGAUAAAAGAAAAGGUUAAAAAAAAAGAGAAAAUAUUAAACCUCACGCUUUCUUUCAUGAUUUUGGUGGCCUCAGCCUCAGUCACCGCCAGCUUCUUCUCCCUCUCUCAGCUCUCUGCCGAAUACUUUCACUCACCAUCAAUAUACACACAACCAAGAAGGUCUGUUGUUUUGCUGCCGGUUUGUCCUUGAAGGUCUGGUGACAGUUUGUUUCUGUUUCUCUUGGAAAACCUUGUACAAUCAAAAGGCUCAGUUUUUCAUUUACCACUCUGUUUCCUUUUUCUUUCUGUUAGAGUUUAGGGUUUAGGGUUUAGGGCUUUGUUUUGCAGUUUCUUAGAGAAAGAACAAGGUGUUUGAGUUGGUCGUUGAAUCUCUCUAGGAAUUAAAGAAACAUGAGUGAUAGUAGUAGUACUAGUAAAGAAAUGGUGGAUGCUAAAGAAGCAGAAAAAGGUGUCGAUGAAGCACCUAAUAUCAAUUUGAAUGAUACAAUAGGUCAAAGGGAAGCCAAAGCACCAUCUAUUUCUCUUCCUCAAAAUGGGCAACUGAAAGCAGAAGUCAAGGAUAAUUCUGCUGCUAAACUAACAAUGGAAAACACUGUUGUCGAAGGAGAACAACAACAAAUCGAGGCUAAUGAUGAUAAAACUAGUGGUACUGAUGCCGAUAAGAAUGCAAUUAGUGGUAGUAACGUCCAAACCAAAGCCAACAAUGGAGGAGUGCAUGAUGACCAUGAAGAUAAGAAUGUGAAAUUGAAGUAUGGGGAUAAUGCUCACAAGGGCUCUAGUAGGAAAAUUAACAUUGAUGCUGGUACCAAAAAUGAGGAUAAUCAUGUUGAUCUCUUCGAUGAGAAGUCUUCAGAGACACAAGUUGAAGAUGUUAAGAAUGCGAUGACUAAAACAGACUUAUCCCUAAACACAGAGAUUACCAAGGAUAUGUCUAAACCUGAGUUCCACCAAGAGCAUGAAAAGAUUGUAAGCACUUCAAACAAGUCAUUCCUUGUGGACCCUUCUUUAGGUGAGGGCUAUGAAUCUGGAACAGAAGACGAGCAAGCAGCAUUUGCGAAGGAGGUUGAAAGGUUUUACAGAGAGAGUAACCUUGAAUACAAGGCCCCAAAGUUCUAUAAAGAAGAACUGAAUUUGCUCAAGUUAUGGAGAGCAGUGAUCAAACUGGGAGGCUAUGAACAGGUGACAUCAUGCAAGUUGUGGCGUCAAGUGGGAGAAUCAUUCAGACCCCCAAAGACCUGUACUACUGUUUCUUGGACAUUUCGAAUAUUUUAUGAAAAGGCAUUACUUGAAUAUGAAAAGCAUAAAAUGCGUAAUGGGGAGCUCCCCUUCUCUGAUGGUCCCUUGACAGAGCCAAUCAGGGUUGAAAAUCAGGCCCCAGGAAGUCAAGCUCUCGGAUCAGGUAGGGCUCGAAGAGACGCUGCAGCUCGUGCCAUGGAGGGGUGGCACUCCCAGCGUCUUCUUGGUAAUGGUCAGGUUUGUCAUCCAAUUAUUAAGAACUUGAAUUCUACACCGAAGGGUGACAAGCUGCUAAAAACUAACGGUUUACUGAAGCGUAAAAAGCCAUCGAGUGUUGAGCGUUCUGUCCUUGUUCCUCACAUGAAAGCAAUGAAGCCACAAGUGGAUUCAAUGGUUAUUGAUAUUGGACCUCCAGCUGAUUGGGUGAAGAUCAAUGUGCAAAAAACUAAUGACUGCUUUGAAAUAUAUGCUUUAGUUCCAGGACUUCUGCGUGAGGAGGUGCAUGUCCAAUCUGAUCCAGCAGGACGCUUGAUUAUAUCUGGUAACCCAGAGCAAGUGGAUAAUCCCUGGGGUGUGACACCCUUUAAAAAGGUUGUCAGCUUACCUUCCAGAAUUGAUCCGCAUCAGACAUCUGCUGUGGUUACCCUGCAUGGCCAGUUGUUUGUGCGCGUGCCAUUUGAGCUGUCAGAUAUUUAGAAUAUGGAACUCUUUCGCUUAAAGCGAAACGGGAGAUUACUCCAAGACAAAAAAGUAGUUUGGACAAUGUCAAGCCUAACAUGUAGUGUAAGUUGUUUAGUCACUGCUAGGAUUGAAGCUCGAGACCGUCUAAUUGGCUUUGUUUCUGCUUUUAUUCUGUAAUUAACAGUAGCAAAUUAAUCAAAAUUGGAUAAUUAUGAAACAAAA